ACACACACACCCACACAGCGCGGAAGAGCAAAGGAAAAACAAACACAAGCACAUAGAACAGAGCUUUUCCAGAAAUUGGGUCGCGUUUUUGUGUUGUUGUUUUUGGCAAAUGUUAUGGCAACUCUCGAUGCGUGUAUAUGUGUUGUUUGAGCGUUGCCCCGCCGGAGCAAAGAGCGCACAGUAGGAGCGACCCCAGGAGCAGAGCAAACCCCAGCCAUUCCACCAAAAGGAGACCACCCAGUAGACCUUAGCCGCAGCCACAGCCUCACAGUCGAUCCAUCCAGCCACGUCCAGCCAUGAGUGUCGUGGGCAAGCAAUUGAAUCCAGUGCAAUCUUCCUCCGCCAGCACCGCCUCUGCUUCUGCGUCUGCCAGCACUGCUGCGGCGGCCGCCUCCGUCUCCGCCCCGGGCAGCGGUGAUGGUAACGGCAGCAGCGGGGGGCCGAUGGGAGCUGGAGCUACUGCUAAUGCUGGCGGAGUCGGUGCUGAGGGCAAGCGCAAGGAGGAGUCCAACGUCAGUCCCGAAGAGGUGCUGCACCUCACCAAGAUCACGGACGACUACCUCUGCUCGGCCAAUGCCAAUGUGUUCGAAAUAGACUUUACACGCUUCAAAAUACGCGAUCUGGAGAGCGGUGCCGUGCUCUUUGAGAUCGCCAAGCCACCCAGCGAGCAAUUUCCGGACGGUCUGUCCGUGGAGGAGACAAUGCUGGCCGCCGCCGAGGAACUAUCGCUUGACGACACUGCCGACCCCAAUGCCGGACGCUAUGUACGCUAUCAGUUUACUCCGGCAUUUCUCAACCUAAAAACUGUGGGCGCCACGGUCGAGUUCACUGUGGGCAGUCAGCCAGUGAACAAUUUUCGGAUGAUAGAGCGCCACUUCUUCCGUGAUCGCCUGCUGAAAACCUUUGACUUUGAGUUUGGCUACUGCAUUCCGUAUUCGAAGAACACUUGCGAGCACAUCUACGAGUUUCCUAAUCUUCCACCCGACCUAGUUGCUGAAAUGAUAUCGAGCCCCUUUGAGACGCGCUCGGACAGCUUUUACUUUGUGGAGAAUCGUCUUGUCAUGCACAACAAGGCCGACUACGCCUACGAUGGCGGCAUUAUCGUCUAAACAAACUACAAACCAAAAGCCCCAAGCAAAACAAAAGCACAAAAUACAAAAAAUGAACAAAGAGAGAGAACUAGAGCAAAACUAAUAACUAAACAAACAAAGAAAAAUGAAAAAAAGAAAUAACUAAGAAAAUCUGUGAGACAAAAUCAAUGACUUUCUCUCACACACUCAAACACACAAAACACCUCUCAUGUACACAUACCACACACACACACACACACACACCUGAACACACAUCAAAUUGAAGACAUUAUCAAAACCAUUUUAGCCUUAGCACAAAAGUUUAUACCCACCAUUCCUGUUUGAUGUUUGAUGUAUUGUAUACACUCCACCACUCCAAGAACACACAUCACACGACACCCACACCCACACCAUCUCGCACGCAGAACUGUGUUCAUUUAUGGAUAAUUUUUAACCUUUUGACUAUAUUAUUUGUAAGUGCAAUGUGAUUUCCCCCUAAUUUACAUGUAUUUAUUCUUAGUUUGUAAGUAAAAACCACACACAAAAACAAAACAAAACCCACAUAUACACACGUAUACACGUAUAUAUAUUAUAUGCUUACACAAACACGGAUAAACCCAAAAACAACAACAACAACAACAAGAGCAAAAAAAUUCGAACACUUGCCUUGCUGUCAAUUUUUUUGUAUGCAGCAUACGGGAUACGGAUUCUAUCCAAGCUUCUUCAUGGCAUUCGUUUCGUGUCUGUGUAAUGUAUAUUUUUUAACAACAAGAAAAAACGAAAACAAACAAACAAAAACAUACAAUCGAACUAUACUUAUGGAGAAAACGGAAAAUCUGAUCUGAAAAUCAUACGCCGAACAAGGAUGAGAAAUUAAAUUACAUUUUAAAUGUAAC